AUGUUUCGUUCAAAAGAUGGAUUCAGACGAAAUUCAAAGAGUGCGGCAUCACUCGAGCAUCAGGUCCCGGCGAGGCGGUCAAGCUCUCCCAUCCAGGAGUUCCUCCAAUCGCGUCUUGAACCUGUUUGUGAGAAAUUUGACUCAAUGAAUAUGGACUACGAGCUUUUGCAUGAUCAUUCACUUUGGCCAAGUCGUAAACCGAAGAUACUAAUGCAAACCUGCGGACACGUAGCCGGCGCAGCUUAUUACUAUCAACCAUUCCAAGUUCGCGGUGAGGGUUGGCCUCCGCUACCAAUGGCAGGAAAUAAGAAAUUUAUUGGUCUGAGUCUUCAUCCUAUAUAUGGUGGACAUUUUGCAUUCCGUUCGGUGUUCAUAUUCCCAAGCUUACAAUUCUCAAACUUCCAUGCUCCACAACCGUUAUCAAUUCUUCACUCCACUGAGGAAAUUCGUGAUGCACUGGAGAAAUUCAAUUAUAACUGGAAGGAUUCCGGAUUUCGAGACUUUGGAGGGCCACGUAAACGCUAUUCAGUCACGCAAAUGGAGUUUUUCGGUAGACCACCUGCUGAGAGGUGGUCUGUGUUGAAGGAGUGGUGCGAAGAAUAA